AUUCCUCUCAAUUUUGACAAAUGUAACCCAAAAAAAAUAAAGUAAAACCAGAAAACCACUAUGGUUAUGGCACAAGCUCUCUUCUCCACACUCACUUCUUCCCCUUCCUUCUUCUUCACUCACCACCGCGUUCCCUCUCCCAAUCUCACCCUCCUCCGAACCCCGCCACUUCCCUCUCCGAUUUCCCACCGUGUCUCCGCCGCCGUUUCCUGCAAUGCUGGUGUCUCCUCCAUUAAGUCCGUCCCUCAGCUAAUUGAAUCGUUGAUUAAUGGCGUUGACCUGUCGGAAACCGAAGCCGAAGCGUGUCUUGAUUUGGUCUUGAAUGAACCCAAUGAGGCAUUGAUUAGCGCUGUUCUUGUGCUCUUGAGAGCAAAAGGGGAAACAUUUGAAGAAGUUGUGGGGUUAGCGAGGGCUAUGAUGAAACAUGCAAACAAGGUUGAAGGUUUGGUGGAUGUGGUUGACAUUGUGGGCACAGGAGGGGACGGGGCGAAUACCGUUAAUAUUUCAACUGGGGCUUCCAUUCUUGCUGCUGCUUGUGGGGUUAAAGUUGCAAAGCAAGGAAGCCGUUCGAGUUCUUCUGCGUGUGGAAGUGCUGAUGUAUUAGAAGCUUUGGGCGUGGUUAUUGAUUUGGGCCCUCAGGGGGUAAAAAAGUGUGUGAAUGAAGCAGGAAUUGGGUUCAUGAUGGCACCAAAGUAUCACCCGGCAAUGAAGAUUGUCAGGCCUGUGAGAAAGAAGCUGAAAAUAAGAACUGUAUUCAAUAUAUUGGGUCCCAUGUUAAAUCCAGCAGGGGCACCUUUUGCAGUUGUAGGAGUGUACACUGAGGACUUGGUCAUCAAAAUGGCUAAGGCACUUCAUAGAUUUGGCAUGAAAAGAGCUUUAGUUGUCCACUCUGAAGGUUUGGAUGAAAUAAGUCCUCUUGGACCUGGUCUAGUGCUUGAUGUUACUCCAGAAAAGAUUGAUAGGUUCUCAUUCGAUCCCUUGGAUUUUGGCAUUCCGCGGUGCAAUCUUGAAAGCUUAAAAGGUGGUGACCCAGAAUACAAUGCAGCGAUUCUGAAGCGUGUUCUAGGUGGGGAGAUUGGGCCUAUUGCAGAUGCUUUGGUUCUCAAUGCAGCAGCAGCUCUCUUGGUUAGUGGCUAUGUAAGCAACCUAGCUGAAGGGGUGUCUAUGGCGCGUGAAACACAACAAUCAGGAAAGGCUCUCAAGACACUCAACUUGUGGAAGGAUAUCUCAAAUAACAUAAAAGAUGUCGCAGACAUGGAAUAUGCCUGAAUCAUUUUACUAUACUCAGGUUUGAUUUUUACAAUAAACUGGAUUCAUACCAGAGGAGCCUGGAAGACCAUGCUGUACAUUUGGUUGUAUUACUGAAGAGAUGUACACAAAUAAUGUAAUUUAAUGUUAGUUAUAAAAGUAUUUUAUCCUUCAGUGCUGUGGGAAAAGGUCACAGGAUAGGAAAGAAGGAUAAUAAAUUAGGCUGUUUUCAUUUCAAAAAAAUAUUUGCACAGAAAAUAGAUUUAUUGUUUUGUUUUUUACAUGAACUUUGACAUUUGUUGUUAAAUUCUCGUGGACAAAGAUAUCCUCGUCCAUGGGAAUAGAACUUAGCCCUUGGCUUGGUUUUGCAACAUAAGAGUUUGGGUUCGAUCCUCA